AUGAGUAGUUGUAGGAGAGGAAGACGUCCAUUAAUGGACAAACAACGCAUUAUAGACUCUUUAAUGAAAAGAUCAGAAGAUUUGAUAUUACCCAAUAAAAAUGUAAUCAGUAAGUCAAACGAAAUAUGGACUGAAAUCUCCAAGGAGCUUGGAAAUGCUAUAGCGCCCAGCUCACUAUAUGUUAUUGUAACCUGCAAUCGGUUUCAAGUUAGAGAUAACAUGAUUUCUUCGGAAAGGGCGCAUGAUGAAUCCAAUUUUGACCACAUACAUUCCACUGGUAAUAGUUCAAAUAUCAGUAGCAGUAGCGAAAUGGCAAAUAAUGUCAACAAUCAGUCAAUGGAAUCAGAUAUAGAUACAGGAGAGGUUAGAAAAUACGUUUUACAUAUACCUAGGCAAGAAUUCGAAUCAUUGAUAAUGGAAAAAAAAUACAAGAAAUAUAACCGUAGCACUAAAAAAAAUGUUUCAAGAAUUCAUAAGACUUUGAUGCCUGGUUUAUGGGAAGACAUGAUCACAGAAAAGUUGGUUCGUCAGACACCCGUAACUUGUGGGUACAACUUCGUGAACCAUUAUAUCUCGAUGGAUACUAAAUCAGGGAUAAUAAAUGCCAACUGCAACUGUGGAGGAAAGCUUCGUGCAUCCAUAGACAACUCAGGGCCAGAAGUUGAAGUUACGUGCAAUAUUUCGAAGGGCGACAGUAAAUGCGGGAAACGUUGGCUACGUGGCAAGACACGACAUAAGAUAGCAAGAGCCAUCGAAGAGAAGUCAGCUCAUAUAUAUAGAGCCCAAAGGGCUAACAAGGAAAUGUGUCCGGGAGAUGCGGAACCACCAAAUCUAUAUUCAUCUCCUGUACUGAGAAAAGCGAAAUCGGAGUAUAUAUCUAGCCAAUAUCUUGAUAAAGAUCCAGUGAAAUCUAUAUUUCUCUCGAAACAAACAACAGGGGCCAACAUCAUCCAAAAUAUUGGCCUGGAUCCCUUUUAUGUUCAUUACUGGACAAGCCAUCAAACGAGUAUAUACAAAAAAUAUUGCUCAAAAUUCACGAGUUGUUUGUACAUUGAUGCCACAGGAGGAGUAGUGAGAAAAAUAAAGAAAGCGGAUGGUUCAAAAACAGGAAAUAUCUUUCUCUAUCAUUCAAUUAUCCGGCUUCCAAGUGGACAAUUUUCAGUGUGCCAGAUGUUGAGUGAGGUUCACAACACGAACGCAAUCAAUUAUUGGCUCACUGAAUGGACACGUUCUGGUGCACCUAUCCCGAAAGAAGUAGUGACUGAUGCUUCUAGGGCUCUUUUAUCAGCAACUAUUCGAGCCUUCACCAACUGCAAAUCAAUCGGAGAAUAUGCAGAUAGUUUAUGGCAUAAACCAUCUGCAUGUUACAUCCGGAUAGAUGUGGCUCAUUUUAUCAAAAUAUACGCAUCUUUGGUGAAGGACUUGCCUAGGCGCGUCCGAGUUUUCUAUUUAGGAUCCAUAGGCCAACUCAUCCUGUCUAAAUCAUUGAAGGAGGCUGAGAAGAUCUUGGGAUCCAUCUUGCUGGUAUCUCAAUGUGAGACUGAGGGAUACUUACCAUCUGGAGAACCUUGCAAAUCAGAGGCAGCAAAAUAUUUCUUGAAAGAAAUCAUUACAAGCUCAGAAGAGAUUGACCAAGCUGCAGAUUCUGAAUUCAUUUCUGAAAAUUUGCCACAAGAUGAAGAUUUUACUGUGAAUGAUGGCAACAGUAAUAUUUGGUGUCAAUGGGGAGAAGUCAUCGACAAGAGGGUUCAAACUGCGAGAGCAGAAAUUGGUGACAGAGAGAAUGCACACUUUUUCCCAGCACUAUCAAAGAAGCUAAUGAAUGAUCUUUAUUACUUCCCAAUGUGGUCUUGUGUGGUUCAAAAUCAGUUUGGUUAUGGUCGUAUACCAGCAUCUAGCGCCUCUGUUGAAGGAGAAUUCAACAAAAUUAAAACACAUUUGUUGUCGGGUGUAACUGGUUCUCUACGUGCUGACGUAUUCGUCAAUAGACAUGUAGAUUAUCUCAGUGGUCGUAUGAAAAUAAUUCAAUCGAAAAUGGACAACGACGAUAAUGCGAUAGAGAAACUCAGUCGUGAACAUUCAUCAGUUACCGAGUCAGUAACUAACAUCUACUGUACAAGUGCAACGCAUGCGUCUGACGCCAUUUCGGUGGACAGAGAAGAAAUAGCAGUGGAAGCCUCAAAUUCUUUGUGCCCUGCUUGUCAGAAUGAGGACAAACCCUCUGGGGCACAUAAGUGUGUAGUGUGUUUGAAACAAAUUCAUGCGUUGGAUAGUUGUUCUAUCCCCUAUAAAGGCAGUGGGGAAGGUUAUGGCCAAAAGAGAAUUUGCCUCGAAUGCAAUAAUGUAGGUGGGACUUCUGUUAUCUUGGCCUCUAGAGAAGAGGAGAAUUGGAGGGGUUUGGCUAAAUCCUCCAAUCCCAGAAGAGCUGCAAAAUAUUUGCAGAAGAAUAAUUACAAUUUGAACGAGCAGUUGACAAGCGACGCCAACAGGAAAUUGCUCGUUAUCAAGAAUGGUAGCAACCUUGCUUUGAGUCCAAUUGUAUUAGGAGGUAGGAAUGUGUACGUGAUAUUCACGUGUACAUUCGACAGCAUUUAUCAAAUAAUACUGGCAGCUCUUUGCGAUAGAAAAAAUCUUCAAGAAUCGAUAAGUGAGAUAACUGUUGAUAAUCCACUAUUAGCAAUGGCAUUGGAUGUACUCGAAAAUGGCCUACGAGCAUGUUCAUAUAAAAAAAGAGGAGCUAUGCUACACAGCAUAUUUGGUGGAAAAGACCAACCCGAUGGAUCACUACUGAUUAACUGUGAGAGUAGUGUGGUGGAAAUAAUUAAUCCAAUUUUUAGAGAUACUCCAAGUUUUCGAGAAACCAUCCGAUGUUCCAAUAACUGUGAAGUUAGAAUAAAUACAUUGGUUUGUCCGUAUAUCGAUUUCCAGGAAAUGAAAAAUAAUGGGUUGGAAAUCCAAGAUAUAUUAAAGUUCUCUGACAACACUAUAUGUGCGAAUGAAAACUGUCAUGGGUCUACUUCAUCGCAAAUAUCUUUCAUUGGUGAGAUAGUUCUAUUCGAGUUGGGCUACCAGGAAUGCCAGGUUAUGAAGUUAACGGAUAUACCAGUUUACUUCAAGAAUCCCUUGAACGAUAAGGAGCAGUACCAGCUGGUAGGACUUGUGAACUAUACUCCACCUCCACCCAAGAGAAGGUCUUCAGAAAAUCAAGGAAUCGGCCAUUCAACAGCCUACUGCCUUCGAGGGGGUUAUCAGUGGGUGGAGUAUGAUGAUCUGAAGAAGAAUGAAAGGAAUAAAAAAUCCAAUGUAUAUGUGCAACCAGUUCUCCUGGUAUUUGUUAGAAAUAAAAUAUAAUUCCUG